AUGGAGAAGCAAGCAGUAGCAAAGCACAAGCUCAACUUCUCAAUGUUUCUUCCGAAACCAACAACAGCAGCAGCAUCAGCUGUAAACCUAUUCAGUCCCAACAAGGCUAAAAAUGCAAAGAAUAAAGGGUUUUCUGGUCCGAUUACUUCCGCAGUUUUUCAAGAGGCUAGGGAAAGAUCCGAAGCGGGUUUGGGUUCCAGUUUCAGAUUUGGUACCAAAGAGCCGACUUCCCCUAAGAUUUCAUGCAUGGGGCAAAUCAAGCACAGGAAGAAGAUGUGUAAAAACAAGAUCAUGAUGAUCAAUGGUACUAAGAGCAGCAAAGAAUUGUUGUUGGGGAGUAAAGAAGUGGUUUUGAUGAACAACUCCAAGCAGAAAAACAAAAACCCUGCUGCUGGUUCAGGAAAUGUUUUCAGCAGGGGAUCAAAACAGGGGAAGAAGAAUUCUGAAACAGAACAAGAGAAAAGAAACACCAAGCUCCCUGAUCGAGCGCCAAGUUUGAGUCAAAUGAAAAGAUUUGCGAGUGGGAGGGAUAAUACUAUUUCCAGAUUUGAUUAUUCCAAAUCACAAAUUGCCCCAGAAGAUUCAGAUGAUGAAGAAGAAGGAAAUGAUCAUCCACAAGUUGUUAUUCCUUUCUCUGCUCCAAUAUUAAGAUGUGAAGAAGCUGAAUUGGCAGCAAUAGAUUUGCAGCCAAAGAAGGAAAUCAAUUUGUGGAAAAGAAGAACUAUGGCUCAACCUAAACCUCUUCAAUUGAAUUCCAUGGUAGCAUCUUGUUAA